GCUUGGGGUUGCUGGCAGCCACACGGCAAUCUCUCCUUCCACCCCCGCUUCCUAAGUUGCUCAAGCAAGCGCUGUUCAACGGAAGGCCUCUAAAAGCAGUGCGCAAGCAAUCAACUAUGUCAGGCUUCGAAGUUGCUGGAGUGGUACUUGGCGCAAUACCGCUGGUCAUCGCUUCUUUGGAGCAUUACCAAGUUGGCAAGGGCGCUGUCGCCUCCUUCGUCAAGUACGGUGGUUUGCUUGAAAACCUGAUCCUCCGCCUAACGAUACACCAACAUCUCUAUCAUACAGACAUUCUGUUUCUUCUUCAAGCGGCUGGCGUAGUAGAGCUGAACCUGCGAGACGAAGACACAGUUGCAGAGUGCUUUCGACUGCUGAGGGAUCCCGAAGUCAACGAAGAGAUUGAAGACUGGCUAGGUCCGUUGAGUGAUCCAUUCAAGCAGCUUGUUGGGCAAUAUGAGUCUUCGCUGAAGGCGAUAGUGGGACAUAUCAAGCAUAUUCAGCGACUCCCUGAUACCCAGAAGGAUGACCUUGGCUCGCUCCUUCAAGCGAACCCCCCAGAUAAAAAGAUCACUUUCACGGAAAGAGUCUCGUUCACAAUCAAGCGGGGAAAAUUGAAAGCACUCUAUGAAGAGCUCGAUCAAAGCAGGCUCUCCUUGGGGACUAUUAUUGAGAAACGCAAAGGCCUGCAGGAGUUCUCUUCAUAUGAGCCGUCUCCACACGCCGGCCGCAUUGUGCUGAGGCUUACCCAGAUCCGCAAUCCGGCAUGUUCGCUCUCAUACGCCCUUCAUAAGAGCUGCUGUUGCAGAUGUGUUGGGAGCCACAGGAUACUUUUCCGACUUGAAAGUCGAAUACCGAUUGAUCGGCAACACAAAAGAACCAGUCGACUCCUGAAAAAUUCCACUACAUUCAAUCUAGUAUUAUCCAUCGAACCCACCAUUUCAUCGCGGGCGCUUGUCCAUGUAUUGUCUCCAGAUACAGAGCUGGCAGCAGAUGAUCAUCCAACCGACAGCCGAAGCGUGUCCCCAAGAUUACCAACAGUCAGAUUUGCAAUUGCGGAGAUCCCAACCCGACCACAUUUACAACCCUCCAGGCCAAACACCUUGGACCUCUGCAAAGCUGUGCGUGAUACACAUCAUAGAAGCCGUAUGAUUCGACUCCAGCUUACGGCUGAUGUUCUGAACAUGGAUGACGAGGAGGGAGCCGAUGAAAUAACCACGGCUCUAUCGCCUUCACCUGCGGAAACCCUGAAGAGGGUACUCGAGCAAGGGCAUCUGAACGAAGACAUACAACUGACGUAUAAACAACGAACAAUAUUGGCACUCGACAUCGCAGCUUCGAUUCUCCAGCUUCAACGGACCAACUGGCUCGUCACGCCGUGGGACUGCACCAAAAUCAAGCUUCUUGCUGUGGAAAACGCUAAUUCUACCACGGGAAUGAGUGGCAAGAUGUUUGGACCUUUUGUUGAGCACGAAGUUACCAGAUCUGGCCCCCGGACACGAAGUAUCAGCAACACGCCAGAACCGAAGGAUGUUCUCCUCGAGCUCGCCAUUCUCCUGCUCGAGAUAUGGACCCAUCGAACACUGGAGAUGUGGGCUGAAAAGGCCGACCAAGCAAUCAUGACCGACACGCCAGAUCGCCGGCUGAUCGCUCUGAUUCGGUGGUUAGAUGCCACUUCACAACAGCUACCGUCGCAGUACGAAACCGCGGCUAGGCAAUGCGUGGCCAUGUGUGUGGAGCAAAGAUGGGCAUGGGAUGACAUUGAGUUUCAAAAGCGCUUUGGGGAGAAUGUGGUCAAGCCGCUGCUUGAUAUAUGUAAGGUGUGGGACUGAAUAAGUGAGAAUAGCCAUGGGCAUAUCAGUUAUAGAUGCAACAAAGGUUCUUGGUGUCACCCUAAUUAGGUACUUACAUGUGUGAACCUCAUCAUUCUCAUCAAGGAAGGAUGUCUUUCCAUUGUCUAUUUCCC